AUGUAUCAAGUACCAAGAUCAACCCAGACUAUGUCAAAAAAGCUAACAGAGGUUUUGGUUGAUAUAGGUGUUGAUGAGAGAAUGGUACUGAAGAGGAGAAGAACAUGGCUUCUGAGUGAAACAAUAUUGAAUAUAAAUUCCACACUAAUUGAGGAAGAUAUCGUAGCACACAAUUUUGGGAGUCAAUCAGAAGGCACAACAACAAUUGGAAUGAAUUCAGACAAUGAUCAACUAAUCUACAGUAAAAUCGUAUGGGCGAUACAAAACUUGAGUGACUCGAAACCUAGUAAAGUUAAUCAUUUGAUGAUUCAAGAUAAUUCUGCACCUCCUGGAUAUUGUUUUCUUCAAUUGCUGGGAACUGAUAAUCCUCCUCCUGGUUUGAAGUUCGUUUUCAAAGCCAGCACGGGAAAAUUACUUGUAAAAAAUUCUAUGGCCCAUGUUUUAAUUAAGAACGGAUAUAAAGUACAUGGGCCAGCAUAUGCAAUACAAGGAAACCCAGGUUUCUGUGAUAAAGAUAGUGUAAUGGCUCUACAAUGUACAACAUGGCCGCAUCAAGCUACACAAUGGUUGGAUCAACAUGGUGAAGGUCAGUGGCCGUCUGUGGAUAUGAAACAAUAUUGCAGCAGAACUGGGUGCUUUAUUGUUGGUGUUGGAUGUAGUGGCAGUGAAAAUGAGCAAUUUGAAUGGAGAAUAUCAACAUCUUUAGCAGAAAGAUGUUUGAUGUUUAACCUGAAUAUUACACAAAUUCGCUGUUAUGUCUUAAUGAAAAUGAUUUUGAAAACAUUUAAUAAUUCACUGUUUAAAGAUGUUAUAACAAGUUUUAUGUGUAAAACUGUACUCUUUCAUUGUGUUUCCAAUACACCUUCAUACACCUGGAGAGAAAAUAACUUACUUAAUUGUCUAUUACUGUGUUUGUAUUUCCUAAACAACAGUAUCAUGAAUGAAAAUUGUCCACAUUUUAUUAUUCCUGGUAACAAUUUAAUGAGGGGAAAAAUUUCACCUGCAGUUAAACCAUAUAUUAUUAAAACACUCAACGCAUUUAUCAACAGUAAAGGAAUGGCACUACAUUUGAUUAAAUGUGAUGAUCUUGGUUUCAGACUUUAUCUUAAGUUAAAUAACAUAUAUCCUAUCAUUAAAAGUGAUUUGUUUUCAGGAACAUUAUUAAAGAAUCUGGCUUGUGCUCUUUUUCACGAAGUGAAAAAAAUGUAUUAUCGUCUUUUAGGAAGAAGCGCUUAUGAAGUUGUAGAAAUAUUAAAGAACUGCAUAAGAAAGACAUUCUUCUUUCAAUAUGAAGGAUUGGAAGAGACAGCCAGCCUUCUUCUGUUACCAAUGUAUCAUACAUUACUUGGAUCUGUGCUGGCAUCCAUCAACAUAAAUCAUAACAACACUGUAUCAGCAGAUGCCUUCGGAAUCAUCUCACUUGGUCUGAAUUCAGAUGUUGCAUCAAGUAAACUGAAACUAGCUUCAAUCUUAUACUGUGUUCAAGAAAUGCAAGAAACUGACCUAGUACUCAGUGAAAUUGAAAGAAGAUAUGAUCUACAAAUUGUUGAGCCUUUCUGUAUUUGUCAUAUAUUUGAGCCAACAAACUUUAAACAAGGAUUUGGUCAAUUAUGUGACAAUUAUAAUGAAGUAAUCUUACAGUUUACAACUGCAUCAUGUGUUAAAUAUCUGCCAUGCGAAAUUCACUGUGUACCAAAUGAACUCAGAUAUGAAUGGUUUAGAUCUACCCAAGAAGAGAGAAAAUUCCGUACAUUUGAAGACGGCAUAUGGAUGGAUUGUGCUGUGGUGGAUUCCCUCCCUUACCUCUACUUUCUACAAUACAAAGUUUACAGCCACUUAUGGAGACUUGAAGAAAAACAGGCCGCUCUCGCAAACCUUGACAGAACCAUAAAUGAGGAACCAAACCUUGGACAUCGGGAAACAGCUCUAAAUCUUCUGGGAAAGUGUUUGGAACAAGAAGGCAGAGCUGGAGAUGCUUUACACUGUUACACUAGGUCACUUAGAGUUCGGGGGAGAAACAAUGCUGCAAAGAUUCAUAUUUGUAUACUUUUAUCUGCAUUGAUAAGUACAAGGACAUUAAAGUUACAACUAAAAUGUGGAAAUGACAAUAGAAGGAUAGUGGAAUAA